UAGCGGCCGUGGGAUCAGAGUUUGUUUCCGGCUGUAAUCGAAACCAUCGGAGAAGAAGUUUCACACAAUGUCCGGCGAGGAAGACGCCACCGUAAGGGAGCCACUAGAUCUGAUUCGUCUGAGUCUCGACGAGAGAAUCUAUGUCAAGCUCCGCUCGGACCGCGAACUUCGCGGCAAGCUUCACGCGUUUGAUCAGCAUUUGAAUAUGAUUCUGGGUGAUGUUGAAGAAGUAAUCACAACUGUAGAAAUCGAUGACGAGACCUACGAAGAGAUUGUCAGGACGAUAAAGCGCAAUAUUCAGUAUCUGUUUGUGAGAGGAGAUGGAGUGAUAUUGGUGUCUCCACCUCUGAGGACAACUUGAGUUUAAAAACUCAAAUCUGAAGUCUUAGCUUAAGGAAGACUCUUUUUUUUUUCAAAACAAAAAAGUCUCGUGUGUCCUCUAUAUAUCAAGGAAGGCCUUUGUUGGCCAGUGAUGUAUUUUAUUCAGUCGAUUGUUGUUUAAAAAACUCAGAAAGCAUCUAUUAUAUUACUUCGAUUCACAA